AUGUGCGAUGCCGCAAAGAUGAAGGGGAUAGAACCGUCACAAUGUCCUUUUUUUUUUUUUUGUUGGUUGUUUUUUAUUUGGCACCGGACACAAUUGCGUCCACUUCUUUUUUUUUUUUUUCUGUGUGUGUGGCAGCAGCGUCAAAUGCAGGAAUUCAUGACGACUCUUGUGCGAAGGAGUGGAAUAGAAAUAAAGCAACUCAUGGGAGUUUCCCUCCUCCUGGUUUUUUUUGGCUCGCUCUGUAUUUCAGGGGUGACAAGUCUACCAACCACCCUGGCCAUGACCUUCCUUUGUUAUCUCUCCGGCAUUGUGCCAGAAAAUGAGUACUUUCCGCGGGCAUGGUUUAAAAACAAUAUUUUCACUUGGAUGUAUCGUAUUUAUUGCUCCGAUUCCAUUGGGUACAAGUAUUUGCGACCGAUGCUGCACGUGCGUCAUGGUCUUCCCCACUCCGACUAUCGUCAUGGCGUGCGAUCUCUGAGUGGUGGUCACAAGGCAUCAUCGUUAUUUCCUGUAGAAUUGAAGAAAAACCCGGAGUUUUACGAACGCGGCGGUGGAUUGGUUGAUCUGAAGGGUCUCGGUGAAGAGUACAAGAAAGGCUACAGAGGAGUCGCAGUAGUUCCGGUCCCUCUUCUGGCGGACAAUUACGCAUACUUGAUUUUGAGUUUUGCGACGAAAAAGUGUGCUGUGGUCGAUCCAGCUGACCCCAAACUCGUAAUGUACAUGCUGACCGUUGUCCGAUACUUAACCGGGGUAGAAUUCGUACUGACGGACAUUCUUACCACUCACAAACAUUGGGAUCAUGCUGGGGGGAAUCUGGAGUUCAUGCAGCAUUUACAGAACAAGAGUGAUGCAGAGAUCACAGAACUCUUGGAUGCUCAGUUGAAGAUUUAUGGUUCCGCAAUUGACAAUCCUCAUGCGUGUACCAACUUUGUAGAGGACGGCAAUGUGCUGACGGUUGCUGGUGGGGGCGUGACGGUUGCUGUGUUUUCUUCCCCUGGACACACCGUUGGCUCCGUUAUGUUCCUUUUAGGAGAUGCUCUCAUGGAUUCUGAUGUUCCACAGCGCUUGGCACUUUUCACUGGAGAUUGCAUCUUCUGUGGAGGUUGCGGUGCCAUGUUUGAGGUGACGACCGUUGAUGAAGUUAUACAGACACGGGAUUUGUUUUUUAGUCAUCGGAUGCGAACGCAUCCGACAAAUAAUAAAAUGUUCUCAGCGGACGAUGUUUUGGUGUACGUGGGGCAUGAGUACACGGAGCGUCUGGUGUCAGAAAUUUUGAGACUGCAUGAGAGGGAUUCAGGCAAGGAAGAGACCAAUGUGGAACUGCGGAAUUAUCUCCAGGCAUUGCGCGCGGCCAUGCGAAGCGCACGCAUGUUGCGCUCCAAACGUCAAUUAGACGAAAUCAGCGUCUCCGUACCUUUUGGGGAUAACACCAAAAGUCCCUGGAGCCUUCCAGCCUGCACGGUGCCGUCAACUUUGGCUAUUGAAAAGAGGACCAAUCCUCUAUUGACAGUUAAACGGGCCGUCUUGGAGGACCUCCGAGAAGGCGAAUUCUUGCCGAACAAACUACAAACAAUUAUUUAUGCUUCUUUGGAGCGUCAUGUUGUGGAUUAG